CCUACAGGCAGGUACUGACAAGUGAAGCCGUUGCUACACAUAAACAACAGAGUACUUGUGUAUAGUGCUCACUGAACCAUAAACUGUAACGAGUCUUUGUUACAACAUAUCCGGCAUGAGAUCAGAGAUGAGGCUCAGAUCUCUUUUUCUGCUCUCUCUGGCAGCAGCCCUGUCCUCUGCCUUUGUGAUUUCACCUCCACACAUGUGGACCAAGCUGAUCCUGACCCACCACUGGCCCACCACCUUCUGUAGUAUGGAGCACUGUCAUCCCAACAUUAGCUACUGGACACUACAUGGAUUGUGGCCAGAUAAAGGGAUUCUUUGCAAUUCAUCAUGGCAUUUCGACCCUUCUGAAAUAGAGGACCUGCUGCCAGACAUGGAGAAGAGUUGGCCUGACUUACUUAACCCCGCUUCUGUUGAAUUCUGGAAGUAUGAGUGGCACAAACAUGGCACAUGUGCAGCCAAAGCAGCCACUCUGAACAGUCAACAUAAAUACUUCAGCAAGGCACUGGAGCUAUACCAUAAAGUGGACUUGGAUAGCAUCCUGAAGAAGUUUGACAUCAUCCCUUCAGACAAAUACUACAAAUUUUCACAAAUUGAAGGAGUCAUAGAAAACUUCUAUGGUGUCAAACCCAAGAUCCAAUGUGUCCAUCCAUCAAAGAAUGCUGAUUUCCAGAUUUUGGGACAGAUUGAGAUCUGUUUCCACCCUGACUUCACCCUCCUGGACUGUGAGAAAGAGUUCACACUGGAAACCAUUUCUAAGGCAGACUGGGACAUUCUCAACCUCAUGGGUGUUGACAAGCCAUCUGGGUUUAGUGUGUGUGACCAUGACACGCCAGUUUACUACCCACCUCUGCACACUACAACCUUAACCUACUAAUGCACAUAUACAUAAAGGUACAGAAACAAAUGCAUUCUGUCUUUACUUCAGUCAGUUGUACUGUAAUUCAGCACACACACAGACAUUUCUAACUUACUAUAAUACUUUUCUCUGGCUCCACAUCAUAUCACAUCAUACCCUUUAAUAAUAAUAAUCAUAUAUGUCAGAAAUAGCAUCAUACAAUCAAAUUUUGAAAUGUUGGAUUCAAAUUCUGGCCGUUACAGGUUUGUAAAAAAAAAAAAAAAAAAAUCACCUUUAAGUGCAUUGUGUUUUUUAUAUCCUACAAAAAAAGCAGGAUACAGAAACUCCACUGCUGUAUAGUACUUUAAUGAAAUUAUGUCCUUUGCUGACCCUUUCUAGUAGAUGAAUCUGAUAGUGCACAGCAGGUUUUUUCCAUUGCCCAACACGAGGCAUCAUGGCAGGUUGAGGUCAGUCUUUGCACUCUGUCUUUUGAUGGUGUUAGCAAACAAGUGAAGCCUUUGUAUGUGUAUCUGUGUUGUAUCUUCAGGGUACUCUUCAUGUUAUUGAAUGUGUUCAUGUCAACCCCAAGUGUGCAUCUUGUGAGUCUGUUGCACAUAUUUUAUACUACUUUGUGUCCUUAUGUUCCACCUAUUCUCUUUGUAGACUUAAACUAUGGUUGAGUUUAUACAGAACAGGAAAUGCUUCAAUUUUCAUCUAUGUCCUUUACAUUCAGUAGAUGUGAAGCAGAUAACUCACUGUGCUUUGUUUCUCAAGGAUGUAGCAAAUGCUUUUUUGAUCAACACUAUUUAAUCAUUCACUAAAAGAUUAGGCUUUUUUAUCAAAAUGAUGACUUGUGAUGAACUGUUUGCUGCUGUUUUUGUGUACAUUUAAAUCAAUUUACUGUUAAUUGGAAGGUCAAUGAGGUUAUUAUUGCAGCUACAAUUGAGUGCUGUGGUGUAUUUUUUUGUUUUGUUUCAUUUUUUAAUGUCAAUAAAGCAUUCAAUUCAA